AUGGACGCCAUAACAGACUCUGAAAAGGGCGUGCGAGCGGGUAAACAUGUUCCCAUUGAACCUGUGCUGUCCGUGACACCGUCUGAAGAACAACGAAAUGCUCCUACCAAGUCUAGUGAGAGGGGUGACACGUCCCAGAGCCCUAGUCCGAGCAUUUGGAAGAUUAUCUGGUUGACAGCGGGCUUGUGUAUGGGUAUAUUCUGCGUCGCUCUAGACAACACGAUCCUUGCAACAGCUAUCCCGAAGAUUUCCCGGGAUUUCAAAACCAUCAGUGAUGUCGGAUGGUACGGCAGUGUCUACUUUCUCACGAUCUGCUCCGUGACCCUGCUAUUCGGAAAGCUAUACAAGCUAUACCAUUUGAAAUGGAUAUUCCUCGCGGCUCUUUUUCUGUUCGAGCUGGGGUCUUUGAUCUGUGGUAUUGCUCCGACUUCGAGCGCACUAAUUAUUGGCCGCGCAGUUGCCGGGCUCGGCAGUGGUGGGAUCUUUCCAGGCGCUAUCUUGAUCAUGAGCGAGACAGUGCCGCUUGAGAAACGCGCAUUAUACAACGCCUUGAUAACGGGGACGGCUGGCAUUGCUGGGGUUGUGGGCCCGCUGAUUGGAGGGGCAUUUACCAACCAUCUCACCUGGAGAUGGUGCUUCUACAUAAACCUACCGUGUGGUGCAAUCACAGCGGCAGCAGUCCUGUUUUCCUACCAUGACAAGAGACAGUCAGUGCGAUCACAGAUGCCAUGGAGGGAACAGAUUUCCAAUCUUGAUCUCUUGGGCCUGCUAAUCUUUAUACCCGCUAUUGUCUGUCUAUUCUUACCACUGCAGUGGGCCGGUUCAAAGUAUCAUUGGAAAAAUGCCCGGAUUAUUGUCUUGUUUAUCCUGUUCGGAGUGUUGAUAGCACUAUGGGCUGCGAUCCAGUGGCGGAAGCAGGAGAAGGCGACGGUGCCCCCUCGGCUAAUAGCGAAGAGGAAUUUCCCAAUCUGGUUCCAGGCCGUGAAAGGGGCUUCAGCCAUGGAAUCGGGCGUUAUGACUAUUCCCAUGAUUGCCGGGAUAGCCUUGUGUACCUUGAUCGGUGGCGUUGCCGUCAACAUCAUAGGACACUACAUGCCACUCUUGUACCUUGGCACUGUCAUCCUCUCUAUCGGCUGUGGGAUGUGCACCACCCUAAUAUAUACAUCUGGACACCCCAAAUGGAUCGGCUAUCAGUCGCUCGUCGGCAUCGGCGCCGGAUUCGGUUUUAGCCUCCCCCUCAUCGCCGUGCAGGCCUCACUUCCGCAUGACGAUAUCGCAACCGCAACAGCAAUCGUCCUGUUUGCCCAGAAUCUAAGCGGCGCGUUAUUCAUUGCUAUUGCGCAGAACCUGUUCCAAAAUCGUCUUAUAGUCAGUGUUAUCCGUUAUGCCCCCUCCGUGGCACCCAAGGACGUAAUUGAGGCUGGGGCUGCGGAGUUGGCUAGUUCGUUUCCUCCGGCGGUGCUAUCGUCGCUGGAAGUGGCUUAUAACGCCGCUAUCACCCAGACUUUUUACCUUCCUGUCGCCGGGAGCGCCCUUUCUAUUUUUGGAGCGGUGUUUCUUGAGUGGUUGUCUGUGAAGAAGCAGAAGAAUUCCACAAUCCCUGCGAACAUGCAUUGA